AUGCCGGUAAGUAAGUUAUAAUAUUAUGACCACCUCUUAAACGAACAACCUCUAUCAAGUGUGUAGCAACACUGAAAUGUGAUUAUUUGUAUGAUAAUUGUGCAUGUAUCCACCCUAAUGACGUACAGACCGUAGAAUUUCUAGCUAGCUAGCGGUGACGUUUUGGCUCCCUAGAAUAAGUUAGCUACGUAAUUUGAUGUACAAUAUUGCAUGUUAGUGAGACAGAGACUCUACUUGCCAAUUAAAUGAACACUAGCAAAUUAACGACAUGUUAGCGUUUGCAGCUAAUAUGGCUAGCUUCUAAGUGGGCUAGCUAGCUAGGUUUUCUGUUAGCUAAUCUGCUCUCUGGUAACUACUAGUAUUAUUGACAGCUAUCAAGUGUUUCUUGUCAGAAAGAGCAUCUAAUGAAAGCCAUUAUACUAAACAAACAUCAACUUUUCCAUUUCCUUCGCAGGCGUACCACUCUGGCUUAAUGGAUGGGGACAUCAAGAUGGUGGGGAACAUGGCAAUGUUGCCACUAAAAACCCAGUUCAAGGGCCCUGCAGCGAAAGAGAGUAUGUUUCAGCUUGCAAACUCUUACCAUCCACACACGGUGUUUAGAAAAUAGCCUACAAUAAUGGACAAAGUUCAUGUGUGAUGCGAAAAAAUAUUAUGUGAUUAUAAGUAGGCUAUCCAUCCUCUUUCAACCUGCACAUCAGUUUUAUUUAAUUCCCUUCUGACUCUGGUUGCCUGGUGGUGCAUGUUUCUACCUUAUUUGGUGUCAUGAGUCAGUCGAGUGUUAAUUCUCUUUAUUUUGACGAACUAACUUGUCCAGCAUUCCCUAACUUCCUGUAUACCCAAUACUCUUAUUUCAGCCAAAGAUUCAGACAUCAUUGAGGAGGCUAUCUACUAUUUCAAAGCCAAUGUCUUCUUUAAGAAUUAUGAAAUCAAGGUAAAGGAAAACUGAAUUAUUUUAUUGUCUUUGAGUAAAAUAGUGACUGUAAAAGUGGUCACCUGCCGUGUAAGGAAACUGUCAGUUUUUAAGGAAGUGACUGUUUUUACAUUACCUCCCCUUUAGGCCUCUUGCUACGGUGAUUUGGCCCUAGUUUUCCCACAUUCCCCAGCCUGCCUCUGAAUAUUGCCAUUGGCAAUACAAUCUUCUCAUAGCUCUGUUAGCAUUAUAACCAAUGCAGCCCAUAAGUUGGAUUGUGACUGAAACUAGGCUCUGCUCGCAUACACCCAUUCAUGUUGUUAUCAGAUAUUUACAUUUUAGUCAUUUAGCAGAUGCUCUUAUCCAGAGUGACUUACAGUUAGUGCAUACGUUUUUCAUACUGGCCCCCGUGGGAAUCGAACCCACAACCCUGGCAUUGCAAGCGCCAUGCUCUACCAACUGAGCUACAGGAGGCCUACAACAGAUAGACUAAAGUCAGUAGUAAUGAUAAUACUAUCUGUCACAAGGCUUGGUGUAUUCCUGGAGUUAACAACCUGUCCCCCCCACCAGAACGAGGCAGACAGGACACUGAUCUACAUCACCCUGUACAUUUCUGAAUGCCUGAAGAAGCUACAGAAGGUAACUGAAUCCGAUUGAUUGCCAACAUGAUUUUCUAAUAAACUAAAUGGCUAAUGAAUCCAAAUAACCCCUCCCUAAGUUAUAUAAUGUUAGGUCCUCAGAAUAAUGCAAAGAAAUAUAUUUGUAUUGUGAACUCUCCUCCAGAAUUCUUCUUUGUGUGUUUGCAGUGCAGCUCCAGGGGCCAGGGAGAGAAGGAGAUGUACACUCUGGGCAUCACGAACUUCCCCAUCCCUGGAGAACCUGGCUUCCCUCUCAACGCUAUGUACGCAAAGCCCGGCAACAAGCAGGAAGAGGGUAAGGAGCAUUAGCACAAGUCCUUGCAGGAUGAGAUAUGGGAAUGCCAGUAGUACAUCAAUCACUUAUUUUUAAUUGAUCUGAUUUUGUCUCUGGUUUUCCCUGAUCAGAGACCAUGAGGGCGUACCUGCAGCAGAUCCGCCAGGAGACGGGGCUGAGGCUGUGUGACCGUGUGUUUGACCCCCAGACAGACAAACCCAGCAAGGUGAGACUGUAAUAUCCGACUUCCCCAUCUGUCACACUAAAUCCCAAUUGCACUCAAGUACUAACAUUGAUAAAAGUGAAAUUGCAGAUGACUUAAUUGAACUGCUUUUGAUGGACUAACCUAGACUGUGACCUCUUCUCUUUUCAGUGGUGGAUGUGCUUUGUCAAGAAACAGUUCAUGAACAAAAGCCUUUCAGCUCCUGGACAGUAG